AUGUCGACCUUUAUUAGAGGCCCAGUAUGUGGCACCGACAACUGUCCGUCCAGGUUAUGGCGUGUGAUUGCAGGGCGAAGGACGUGCCAAUACGGUCAUGUCAUGGAAGGUGACAUUGAAUUCAACAACGAUGAGGACGAUGUCCCACAACUCGGAUCGAUGACCAGGAGGCUGAAUCUGACGACAACUGCACUUGGGACAUUUCAAUCGAGCUUUAAUGCAUCACAGUUGGUAGAUCCCUCGUCAACGAAAGAACAGCAUAAAAAGAUUUUCGGAUAUGAUGCAAGGAUACUGUUCCUGAAAGCUUUCCAGUUCAUACUGCGGAAACAAAGCUCAUAUCUCCUGCAUCAUAAGAAUUUCCCUCAAGAGUUCCCCAUCGUGGUUAAACUAGUCUGGUCCCAUUAUUUGAAAUACGUAAACGAUAAUGAUCCUUUGGCAAACGCUACUUUUAGCGAGGACGAGGAUGACGAUGACGAAAUUCCCAAUUCCCGCGCUAGGAUACGACAGAGAGGCAGGGCAAAUAAGUUGGGAUUGAACAUUAAUACUUCCGUCACUAUACUGUAUCUGGCAGCUGUUCAUCUGAGACUCCCCGUUUACACGGAGGACUUUAUUCAAUGGAUCUGUUCCAGCUCAUUUCCGUACUACAAGGCCAACGACCAGUUGCCUAAAAUAUGGCAGAAGCGUUUGCCAAACUAUUAUCUAGGGUUGCUCAAUGGUGGUAGAGCAUUAACUGGGACUCAAUUCUGCAAGAAAAUUGCCUCGACUGUUUACCGGACCAAUUUCAAUCAGCAUUUCCAGGACACUAUAAACCUCCCUUCUUUGAUAUUCAGAUUGGUAGGGAAUACAACCUUACUUCCCGAGUUCUACUUCUAUACCAUGGCCAUGAUAAAACGUGUGGAAAAAUCAACAGACUUUCCAGUCAUCCCCAGCGAUAAGCCAAGCUUUAACGCUUACCAUCAGACACCUGAGAUGAAAGUGAUUGCAUAUUUUAUUUUGUCAUUCCGUUGGGUCUUACUCUCUGAUAGUUCACGAAAACACAAGAAACAGACUUUCUCUAGUAAUUGGCUAAGGGCUUUGAAAGCUUUCCAAACAGGCUGGCAAGACAGUGAAUCCGUCACUGACGACAACUAUAGUAACGAUACCCUUUCAAAACAGAUAACUGAACUAUUUUCUGCCUCAGACAAAACUGAUCCCAUUGACUGGUCCGAAAGAAAAACCCUGCGUUAUUUGAAUUGGUUACAAACAACUGUUGUGGAAAAGCAGUCCUCCUUGCGUACGAACUCAUUAACCAUUGACCAAAAUAUAGCACAACGGAAGCUACACAAACUGAUACCAUUGAAAACUGACCAAUUUCCGCUACCUACCACCACUCCUGGUAAUAUCACGUAUGUGGAGGAUCUUCAAGAAAAAUACUUGAAAGUGAGGGCAUCUCUUGAUGACGAUACGUUGCAUGUUGAUGCGUUCGACACGAAGUCAAAUGAACGUGAAGACCUGAUAGCUCGUUUGGAAUAUCAAUUUCUAUGCAUAAUUUCUGCUCAAUUCUUUGUUCCGAUGGAUAUCUUGGAGGAUUGUGUACGCAGGACAGAGGAACACUGCUUGAAACAAAUAGAAUCAUGA